AGCCAGCUUGGCGGGGGCGAGGCGCACCUUGCUCCCGCGCUCCGGUCAGCCGCGUCGGUCCCUCCCCGCUCGCCCCCGCCCGCCCGACCGCCCGGACGCUUCCGUCCUCUCGGCACGGCCGCUGUCCUCGCUAGCCCCGCGUGGGAGGACGAUGGGUCAGCGCGGAAAAAGUGAAUGAGGACGGCGGCGCCACAGCCAGCGCCCCAGUCGGCAGGCAGAGCCCCGCGCGCAGCCGGCCGGCUCCAUGGACGCGCCGCGUGCACUGGCGGCCAAGCCCCCCACAGGAAGGAAGAUGAAGGCCCGUGCUCCACCACCUCCUGGGAAGCCUGCUGCCCAAAAUGUUCACAGCGAACAGAAACUGCCCCAUGAUGCCACACUGGGCUCACAGCAAAGCCUGGUCUACAUGAAGGAGGCACUGCAGAACAGUACCUUGGACAUCACCGUGGUUCUGCCCAGUGGACUGGAGAAGCAGAGUGUGGUCAGUGGGAGCCAUGCAAUGAUGGACCUACUGGUUGAGCUCUGCCUUCAGAACCACCUGAAUCCUUCUCACCAUGUCCUAGAGAUCUGGUCUUCUGAGACCCAACAGCCUUUGAGUUUUAAGCCAAAUACAUUGAUUGGGUCCUUGAAUGUGCAAACUGUACACCUGAAAGAAAAAGUCCCUGAAGAGAAAGCUAAGCAUGGCCUAACCAAGGCACCUGAGAAAUCUGUACGUCUGGUAGUGAACUAUCUGAGAACACAGAAAGCUGUCGUGCGGGUGAGCCCUGAGGUGCCACUGCAGAAUAUUCUGCCGGUCAUCUGUGCGAAGUGUGAGGUCAGCCCAGAUCACGUGGUUCUGCUCAAGGACAAUAUUGCCGGGGAAGAGCUGGAGCUUUCCAAGUCCCUGAAUGAACUAGGGAUCAAGGAACUGUAUGCGUGGGACAACAGAAGAGAAAUGUUCAGAAAAUCGUCACUUGGCAAUGAUGAGACCGAUAGAGAGAAGAAAAAAUUUCUAGGAUUUUUCAAAGUUAAUAAAAGGAGCAACAGUAAGGCUGAGCAUCUUGGGCUGUCGGGUGCAGAUAGUGAUGAGGACCCCUCGAAGUCAGCGUCUGGAGGGGACUUGAACGGCUGCGUAACAACACCCAACUCACCAUCUUUGCAUUCUCGGUCCCUAACACUGGGCCCCUCCCUCUCUCUGGGCAACAUCUCUGGAGUGUCUAUGAAGUCCGACAUGAAGAAGCGCAGAGCCCCUCCCCCUCCAAGCCCAGGACUGCUGUGUCAAGACAAGGGAUCAGAAAAGGCCUCCCUCAGCUCACAGGCUGAUCUUCAGAAGAAGAAGAGGCGGGCGCCAGCUCCUCCUCCACCACAGCCGCCACCACCAAGUCCUGUGGUCCCCAACCGCAUGGAAGAUAAGGAAGAGAACAGGAAGAGCACAGUGGGUGUUGGACGUCAGGUGCCACAAAAGCCUCCCAGAGGCACAGCUCGGGGCCCACCCCAGUUAGUGCUCCCCCCGCCCCCACCCUACCCUCCUCCUGACACAGAUGUGACAGAGCCUGUCACCUUUCCUGGGGAAGGCGCUGGUUCCGAGACCUCAGAGCUGAGACCCAAACUGAGUCUGCCUCUGGGGCCUGGCAGCCACUGCAGCAUGGGUGGAAUCUCACAGGUACCAGCGGAAGCUGAGGAGACAGCAUCUGUGGGCAGCUGUUUUGCAUCAGAGGACACAACCGAGGACUCAGGGGUCAUGAGCUCUCCCUCAGAUGUCGUCUCCCUGGACUCACAACAAGACAGCAUGAGAUCUAAGGAUAAAUGGUCCACAGACCAGGAGGACUGCAGUGACCAGGACCUGGCUGGAACUCCAGAACUGGGUCCCCCAAAGAGCCCAUCAUGGGUGAAAAAUGGUUCAGGCAGCUCGGUUGUAAGGACUGAGAAAGCCACCAUGCCUGCGAAUGAUGAUGAAGACCUAUUCAUCACUGGACACUUACAUCAGACCCUGGCAGAACUUGAUGAAGACCUGGAAGGAAUGGAAGAAAAUUAUGAAACAGAUACUAGCUCUCUAACCAACUCUGUAAAUGGUGUAUCCAACCACAGUCUACAAGAAGCCAUAAUCCCUGAUAGUAGCGUGGAUGACAUCCCAGUCACUUUUAUCGGGGAAGUUUCUGAUGAGCCUCUUGACUCAGGGCUGUUCUCCAGUAGAUGUAACAAUGCCGCUACCAUUAACACAGGGGGCAUUGCUAGCCAAAGAUCUCACCUGCCCCCAUUUCAGACUGGGCAUGGCCAGCCUUUUGUAAGGACAAGUAGAAAAGGGCCUGACCCCUCCCCUCCUUCCCAAGAUAACAGAAAGAGAAAUCAGCCAACCUUAGCCAACACAUCUGAAGAUGAGCGUCCAGUUGAAACAGACCCCACAGUUACAUCACUUGUUUCAAAGCUUUUAAUAGAUGAUCCAAAAGCAAAGGAUAAAGGCAAGGUGCGUGGUUCUAGUCACAGUGAGAAGACACAGGCAGGUCAUGGAAUAAACUCACUGCGCAUGAAUCCAAAAGAUGAUAAGGAUGAGAGCUCCAACUCAGCACUCCCACCAUGGUCUCAUCAUGGCCAGGCCUCGGGGGGAAGCUAUGGACUCAAGCAUGGCCUCACGACAUAUAAAAUUGUUCCUCCCAAAUCAGAGAUGAGGUGUUAUGACAGGAAUGUGUCCCUCUCCACUGGUGCCAUUAAGAUUGAUGAACAAGGGAAUCUGGUAAGUCCUCACAUGAACGGAAGCAGAACCAUAUCCCGACCAUCAGCUCUGGUCGAAACAGACGCUCCACCUAUUGGAAAAGUCAAAGAGUUCUGGAGGCACAACUCAAUGGAAAAGUACCUGAAUGGGCCGGCCGAGGGCACUGUCCAAAGGGCCCCCUCCACCACUGUCGCUGCCACACCAGCAAAACCACAGCAAGAUAAUGGAAUGAAGGCAGCCUACACACUGACCACUCCCCAGCAGCAGCCUGCCUCACAGGAGUAUGGGGCACACCUGGAGGAAGAGAGAAGCCGGCCAUGUUCAGCAGUCUCUUGUCCUGUGAAAGUACCAGCAACAAAUCCCACAGACAUCACAUUCCUCAAACCUCAGAGAAGAACAUCCAGCCAGUAUGUGGCCUCUACUAUUGCCAAGAAGAUGGGGCCUCCAAAAAUCCAUGCUGAUGUGGUGAGACCACAUAAGAAACCUGCUGAACAGGGCCAUGAAGAAGCAAAGCUGGCUAGGCCUCCUCCAGCCAGGAAAGAUGAUGCAGCUCCUGAACUGCCCUCGGAGGCAAGGCAGCAUGAACAAGGGAUGAACCAGGGCUCUGUCUGCCUUCCCAGCAACGCUGGUGUGCAGUUACCAGCAGGAGACCAUGCCAAAGUAGAGGUCAACAGCGCAUAUGGGAAGUCAUCGACUCAAGACUAUCCUGCUGCUGUCCACAGAAACUCCUAUUUCCUCCCAGGCAGAUCUUCCCAGAGGGAUCGUGUUUCUGUGGGACAGAGCUGUGGUUUCAAUGAAAAGCAAACUACAAGUAACCAAAAAAUGAAUUCAGCAUCUAACUCCUCGAAGGCACUGGACAAGGCGCACCCACCCCCUCUGCUCUUGGCAGAGGCCCGUGACUCUGGGAGGAUUCUGAUGAAUGGCUCUGCACGGACCCCAGGAAAUUGUGAGCCCCCUCACUCUCCAAAGGAAUCCACUUUGACUAGCUAUAUUAUCUUACAGACAGAGGAAAAGCCCAGUCCAUCAUCUACAGAUGGUCAAGAUGCAGAUAAAGCUCUACCGUCCAGCAUUUUUGGGCCAAAGAAAAAAUUUAAGCCUGUCGUUCAAAGGCCACUCCCAAAAGAUGUAUCCCUGCACAGUGCCCUGAUGGAAGCCAUCCACUCAUCAGGAGGAAGGGACAAGCUCCGAAAGACUGCAGAACAGGCCUCGGAAGGAAGGCCAAAGAAACCAUCCUAUGUGGAGGCAGAGAGCGAGCGCUCUGCCCUUCUGGCAGCCAUUCGGGGCCACAGUGGGACUCUCAGCCUCAGGAAGGUGUCAUCCCUUGCCUCUGAGGAGCUCCAGAGCUUCCGAAAUGCUGCACUCGUGGCUCCAGGUUUGGACAAACCUCAGCAAGAAGACCUUGGCCUUCCACCCCCACCUGCCCUGCCGCCACCACCCACUCCAGCCUCCCAGGCUCCUUCAGCCUCUGUGACGGUUUCCAAGUUCAGCACCGGCACCCUCAACAACACAGUAAAUGCUAGGCAAGCCUUGAUGGAUGCCAUCCGCUCAGGCACAGGAGCUGCACGACUCAGAAAGGUUCCCUUGCUCGUGUGAGGUCCUAGGACUGUGGAAACCACCUGUACAGCUCCAAGUAUCAUCGCUUUAGAAAUCCACAUGACAGGAAAUGAAACCUUCAAGAAAUGGCGUUACUUUCCUGUCUCCAGGCCAACUUGCCGGUGGUGGAUUUUCAGUGUUCCUAAUGGUCAAAGGGGAGAUGCUGCUUUGCUGUGUUACUUGUGUGCCAAGGACAUGUGAUCUGCCUUUGAAUGCUCACAGUUGCCAAUAAACUGCUCUUGUUGGCAGAGUAA